AUUUUUAGAAAAUUGUUUUGUGUUUAAUGAUCACAUGAUCGGGCCGGAUGAGAAAUUGGGCCAGAGUCCAACCGUCUAUGGUUUGGAGGGUUACCUUUCCCGCCAUCGACCAUUUCUCUCGACGAGCAAAUCUAGGGCACAUUCUUUCCGCUCCUCAUCACUUCCAUUGAAAGUUCCUGGGGCGUUUAAUUUUACGGAGGAGCUGAGAAAUCGAUUGCGCGAUGUUGGAUCGCCACUGGGCACGGAAGCGUGGAAAACUCCUUUGUUGGUGUAUAAAUCGACUUCAGCAGUUGGAAUUCCUCUACUAUCAAGGAUCUGUCGAGCUUCAAUUUUUGUAAUCACCGAAGGAAUUGCUUUCUCCAUAUGAUUCGACUGUUUGAAAAAAAAAAGUAAACGGAGACGAAGAGUGAACAAUGACAAAAAUAAAUUGAACGCAAUUCCCUCCAGUUUCGAUGAUUAAUUGUAAAAAAAAAAAAACAAUUCAAUUAAAUUUCCACCAGCAUGUCCAAGGAAGACAAUACAGAGAGAAAGAGGAAAGGAGAAAUUACGAUGAAGAGAACAGGAUCAGGAGUUUUCGCCCUAACUGCAGCAUUGACCGCUUCCUUGAUCUUUUGGGAGAGCAUGUACUUGUCAAGAUAUUCUUGAACAGACAUUUCUUUCAGCUGCUUCUUCUCCAUGGUGAGUUGGUGGGUAGAAAAUAUAGGGUUGGAUGUUGCAGUGAGCUCUGAAUUUUGUUGCUGCUCUCCGGUGCUGUGUUGCAGCUAGAGUUGGAGUAACGAGACCUUGGGUUAAAAACUAUGGACACCUUCGCAACGUCACACGGUGCCGUUCUACUAGAAGCUUGAAAUGUAUCGUGGGAACAUCCUAUAUUGUAUUGGUUUUUUUCCUUCAAAGUGCUAGUUUAAAAAAAUAAUGAUAAAUGAUAAUAAAAGAAAGGGUGUUUUUUAAA